UGGCGCGGCGGUCUGUACUCGAUCUGCGCCGCUCUGGCCAUGGCUCCGGCGGGUAGAUUGUAAAUUCUAGGUUGACGCUCCCGACGCGGGCCGGCACCAAUGGCGGCGGCUGCGACCGCGGCUUUGGCAGCAGCCGAUCCCCCUCCCGCGAUGCCGCAGGCGGCGGGAGCCGGAGGACCCACCGCCCGUCGAGACUUCUAUUGGCUGCGCUCCUUCCUGGCCGGAGGUAUUGCUGGAUGCUGUGCCAAGACAACAGUUGCUCCUUUGGAUCGAGUAAAGGUUUUAUUACAAGCUCACAAUCACCAUUAUAAACAUUUAGGAGUAUUUUCUGCAUUAUGUGCUGUUCCCCAAAAGGAGGGAUACCUUGGAUUGUACAAAGGGAAUGGUGCAAUGAUGAUUCGAAUCUUCCCCUAUGGUGCCAUCCAGUUUAUGGCAUUUGAACAUUAUAAAACGUUAAUUACCACAAAACUGGGAGUUUCUGGUCAUGUACACAGGUUAUUGGCUGGAUCUAUGGCAGGUAUGACAGCAGUUAUCUGUACUUACCCUCUUGACAUGGUUAGAGUACGCCUAGCAUUCCAAGUGAAAGGGGAACACACUUAUACAGGAAUUAUUCAUGCAUUCAAGACAAUUUAUGCAAAGGAAGGCGGUUUCCUUGGAUUUUACAGAGGCUUGAUGCCUACUAUUUUAGGAAUGGCUCCAUAUGCAGGUGUUUCAUUUUUUACUUUUGGUACCUUAAAGAGUGUUGGGCUUUCCCAUGCUCCUAACCUUCUUGGCAGACCUUCGUCAGACAAUCCUAAUGUCUUAGUUUUGAAAACUCAUAUAAACUUACUUUGUGGUGGUGUUGCUGGAGCAAUAGCACAGACAAUAUCGUACCCAUUUGAUGUAACCCGUCGGCGAAUGCAAUUAGGAACUGUUCUUCCAGAAUUUGAAAAGUGCCUUACCAUGCGGGAGACUAUGAAGUAUGUCUAUGGACACCAUGGAAUUCGAAAAGGAUUAUAUCGUGGUUUAUCUCUUAAUUACAUUCGUUGCAUUCCCUCUCAAGCAGUGGCUUUUACAACAUAUGAACUUAUGAAGCAGUUUUUUCAUCUCAACUAAAAAAGUUGUGAUUUAUUUUCAUUAAUAAACUCUCAGAGAGAGAAAUAAAAUGUUAACUUUAAUUUUGGGGGGAACAUUACUUGAAGGGGGACAUUUACUUGGUCACAUGAACCACUGGUAUUUUAGUACUUGAUUUUUUAUUCAUCAAAAAUCUUUUGAUUUUGAUGCCAAAAGUUAGAGCAUUGAAAUAAAUUCCUAAGCUGAUGUUGGCUAAUCAGGUUACUUGAAACUAUUUUAAAGUGGUAUUUGGAGGUAGAAAUAGCUGCAAAAUGGGAUUUAAGAAAUUACCAUUUGCUUUAUCAUGCUGUUCCAAGCAUUUAAUUGUUAUCAUGAUUUUCAAAGACUUACACAUAGGUUAUUAUAUAGUAAACAGACUUGGUUAUAUUGCAGUGGAAUGAUGAGAACUCAAUUUUAAAGUUCUAUAAAACAUUGCUGAGAGGCCGGCACUGAAUUAUUAUUCUUAUUAUCUCUCGUUAUUCUAUUUCAUUUGAUAAAAGGACAAACACCUUUUCUCUUCAUUUUGUAAUAACAUAUGUGUUGUAUUUAAAAAGUAGUGACUGAACAACAAAUAAAGAAUUUUCAGGUAUUGCUCAAUUGUUACUACCAGGUACUAUGAAUGAUUUAAAUUGUUUUUAAAAUUCAGUGCAUUUCUCAAGAUUAGUAAUGACAAACACUGAUAUCUUUGCUGUCAAACCUGAUUAGCUUUAGAGAUUUGUUUUUACUAGAUGAUUUUGGUGUAUAAUAGAAAAUUUACUUAAAUGGACUGUGAAAUAUCCAUUAAUAUAGAUGUGAAUGUCAAAGAAUGUUCCUAAGGUAUAUGAUACAUCAACUAGUUCUUCCAUGUAAAGUAAUUUUAGUGCAAUAUAAACUAAAGUAGAAAUGUAAGACAUGAUUUUAAUGGUUAUCCGUUAUAUUAAGAUGGUUUAAAAAUAUAAGAAUUCCAUUUAUUAUGUUUAGAGUACUUGUUAUAUUUUAUUAUAAGCAUGGUGGGUGGGAGGAGAAGAGUUAAAUCCUCAGAAAUAGUGAUUUGUAGAAUUGAUGUGAGUUAAUAACUUAGGUAACUAAGUUGAAAGUAUUAUUUUUGCUUCAAGUUUGAUUUUUUUGAAUACAAAUUUCUUGUCAUACUUUUGUAAAAAUUACAUGAACAGGUUUCUUUUUAAAGUCUUUAUUUUAAAAUAAAUAUGUAUCUUUGUAUGAUUUACAAGUGUACCCCAGAUAGAAAUAGAUGUUUUCUUAAAACUAUUUUGUAUAUAUUCAUUUCUAGGUUUCACUCUAUCUAAUAUUGUUAUCAACUCAAAAUAAUUUAAAUGUAUUAAAUAAGUAUCUCAGUUAUGUUACCAAUAAAAUGAUUGCAAGUAUUUUUUAAAUGAAAAUUGGCAUUCUAUGUUAUAGAAUACAUGGAAUAUUAAAAUAAAUUUUACUUGUAUCUCAACAGUUCUUUAACUGUUUACAUUAUUGAGCUCAGAUGCUGAAGAUAAGCAAUCAGAAUAGAUGAAAAUUUAAAAUAAUCACUGUAUUUAUAUCUUAUUUAUUUCAGAUCGAUAAUCCAAAAUAAAUCUUGCCAGGUUAUCUUCCAUUUGAAGAUUGAGUAUUUGUUUUGAUCUUCAUUGUUAUUCUUCCCUGCCUUUUGAUGGACACAGUCCUCUGAUCUAUGGAAUGGGAUAAUGGUCUGGUCUAGGCAUUGAUUGGUAAGGUGCUACUCUCAGCUCUGAAUGGGAACGUGUAUGGUGUUGAGACAUUUGUGGGUAGAUAUGCAAAUGUCUGAGGUAAUUAUAUCUCACAUCCUUUGCUAUCAGAGUCCUCAAUGUCAAUUAUUCCUUUGUGUGUCAGACAUUAUAUCAGUAUUACGGAGAGUGUGGGCAGUCUGUUAGCUGUACUUAGGCCUGAUUUGGAUGCCCAAAUAGCCUCUAACAUCAGGUUUUUCUCUAAUAUAUCGCCACACUUUAUGGUGACUGCCUAUUACCUAUGUUCCCCUACUUGAUUCUUACAAGAGAAGAGCCACAUUUUUCACCUGUUGUAAGAAGCACAGGGUGGGGUCUCCCUUGAGAAGAAUGGCCCCGGUGAAGACAACGGGGUUACUUAGGGGGUAAGUCUCAGUGCUAUCACUGGUAAGGCUUGAGUUGGAUCCCCAACCCCCAA